GAACAGACAGAUGGACAAUCUCGAUUGAUGGACGGACCAGUGAACUAAAAUGGGACGGACAGACAAACAAGAACUAGUGCCAGUCUCCUUGUUUCUGACGCGGCAAGAUGUCUGCCUCACAGCUUCGUUUAUCUUCGCACAUUUUAAAAGAACAUUACGGCGAAAUAGUUGAAAAAGUUGGCUUGAAUAUUUUACGUAAAGGAUGGACAACUAUUGCAAGUAUUAAGCAAGAUACAGGUUUAGCCAUUUCUAAGGUACUGCACACUUUUUACAUUGAAUUGUAAACUAUAUUCAGUGUUAAGUAAAUUAUAGUUUGUCCCCCCCCCCCCGUCCCAUUGCAAUCCAGAAUUUCUCAGAAUCAGCAGUGUCUACCUUUGCUUGCAACACGGGCAAGCUGUACAAACAAGCAAGGAGUAGCAUGCAUUCUAUGUAAGGCCUGUUUCAAACGAGGCCUGUCGCGCUUCUCAUGUGCCGAACAAAUUAAAAACAGAUAAUCAGCUGAAAUGCCUCAUUAUCUGUUGUUUCUAAUGCAAUCGGCACAUGAGAAACACAACAUUUGAAACAGGCCUAAAUCUAAUGCCGAAAAUGAUAUGAGGCUGUGUUGGUGGGCGUCAAUGGAGGUCAAGUUGAAUGCCGGCCAGGCUAUUGGAAAUGCCACGUGAAUGACUUUUCAUUAGCUAUUAGGAUAUAAACUCAGAAAACACAACUGAUAAGCCGACAAUCUAUAAUAAUUUGAAGAAAGUACCAGCAUAAUUUUUCUUAAAUACUUUAUAGUAGAGGUCGGUGGCCAAGCAACUAUGUACCAGGAAAAGGUCUGACCAUACUUUUGGUCUUGAGCAGUGCUGGCAUGUGAUUGGGUGCCAGCAAGCCAAAACUUAUGCCGAAGAUCUCGGCAUGGCCUAGUGGCCCACAUGGAAUGCAUAUGGACCAGAUUAGAGCAACCCCAAUACACACUUUUGGAAAGUAUGUCACCUUGGCUAUAUAGAGCUUUGUUUUUCGAAUUUGAGAUGCUGCAUGGGCUUGACUAUUACAUGGACAAAAAUGCGGCUCCAUAGCCCAAGUGACAUACUUUCUGGACAGGGUGAUUAUAGGCAUUUUCAAACUAGCCAGAAAUACAAAUUUAUGUAGUUCUAUUGUAUGUUUGUCAAGCUAGUCAUGAACAUUUUCUAUGUACUAACUCAGGCAAAAUAUAAAUUUAUGUGCAUGUUUCCUUGCCAAAUAAAUGAGUCAUCACAUGUGAAAUUGUCUUUACUGAGCAGCUUAGUCUUCAUAGAUUUAAUGUUUUUCCCCACUAGAUCAAAAAGUCCAUUUGCAUAUUGAUUCAGCAUAAUUUGGUCAAAUUCCAGAAGAAUGCAAGAGGACAAGUUACAUAUAGUGCUCAAAUUUCUAACAUUCUAACAAUUCACCAGUACCCAAAGCUGACAUACUGUGCCAAAGUUACAUUUGGCGAUGCUGCUGAACUUAUCAUUGAAGAACUGUUGCAUCACGGAUCGAUGACGAUGUCCUCCAUUGUUGCAAAUGUUACGAAUCGGUUGCUUGAUCCGGCUUUGAGCCAGUCGGAACAAAUAGACUAUGAACAUGUUGCAAACCAGUUUGUAGAACUGGUCAAGGGACAUUUGAUCAAGCGAAGUCUUGGUGAUGAGAUUAUGGUGAUCUCAAAAGGAACGGAAGAAGCAAAGCUUGACGUUGUCCGGGCAAAUGAUAUGGAAUACGAUUUGCCGUUGGGCUAUAUAACAUCAGGUAUUGUCAAUAGGGCCGUUGUGGCAAUGCAACCAAAUGUUAAUGACAAUGCAACCAAAGGGUUAACAGGGUGCAUGGGCAGAUAGUCUGAUUAAUGGGUUAACUAGACACAUGGGCAGAUAAUCCGAUUAACCCAUGGAUCAUCAACGCUAGGGACAAAGAAAAAGGGACAAAGAAAAAAAUACCUUCGGUUCUGGUUUCUCGACCCUACCUAGCUUUUCAGGGGAGGGGAGAGUAUUGGCCAUAUUAUAUAUGGAUGUACAGAAAACUUGAAAUAUUUUUCAGCAUCUGGAAAAAGGAAGGCUGUAUCAAAUAAUGACGGGCCAGCAGCUAAAAAGAGAAAGAGCUCAAAGUAUGUUUAAUUUGUAAGGAUCACAAUAUAAUAAAUAUAUUUUGUUAACUAAGGAAAAUUCUUAGAGAUUGCAGCAGAUCAGUUUAAUAUUGAAAUUUAUGUACAAUUAUUGUACAUUGUUAUGUUAUCAUGCAAAUUAUAAUUAUAUUUAAAAAAAUAAUCUAAUGUAUAUCUGAUCUAUCGGCGAAUUAAUCCAUCUAUUAUAUAAAGUUUUUAUUUUUAUUAUGAAAAACUAUUAUUAGUCUUGUUCCAGCAAUUUGUUUCCAUCUAAGUACUUUUGCAUCUGUAGAUAUUUAUAUUUUGUUUUCUAGUGAACAAGUUUCUAUUGACUUUAAGGUGAGACUAUAUUUAAGAAUCUGAAAAUAAUACUGAUUAAAAUAUACAUUUAUGUGGCUCAGUCGGUUAGAGUGCAUUCUUGUACCCAGAGCCCUUCUUACGCGCUGUGCGACGAGGGGCUCUGGCCAAAUCCAUAUUCCGAACUGGCAUCUGAUUGGCUAGUUCUAACACCGGACAUUGUUUUCUUACCAUGUUUUUAUGGUAUCCGGUUAUGGAUUUGGCCAGAGCCCCUCGUCGCACCGCGCGUAAGAAGGGCUCUGGGUACGAGAAUGGUUAGAGUACAGCACUGGAACCGCAGGGCUACAGGUUCGGUUCCUGUCAGAGGGCCUAUAGUUCAAGGGCGGAUUUUUAUUUUUUGCAAAGGAGGGGGUGGAAAAUUUCUAGUGGGGUGCAAGCGGCACCACUGAGCAAACUUAGGUUAGGCAUUUGGGUUAAAGACUUUCGCACAACGACUUUCGCACGUUCGUGAAACAAAAUUUUGGUGGGGUUGAACACUUUAUAAGAGGGGUUAGAGAGAUUCUGGGUGGGUGGGUAAACCCUUCUUAACCCCCUAGUAAAUCCGCCCAUGCUAUAGUUGCAUUUUUUGCAACUGCUUCUGGUUAGGUUUAAUAAAUGUAUAAGAUAUACCCUCGAAAUUUCCAUCUACAAAACCCUUCUGCAAUGGACGUAUUCCCUAAUGAUCAAAAUUUGUUCUCAACAAGUCUAGAUACAAAUUUCAUCACAGCUUGAAAGAGAAUCACAAAAUUAGUGAUAUGCCAAAGUUUCGUUGCGAAAUGUUGUAAAAUGCGGAUAAUAUACCCUUGCGAAGUUUGCCGUUUUUCAGUCAUUUUGUGUUACGUACGGGAAAUUGAUACCGCGCUUUCUGAAAAAAGGUAUCAAUUUCCCGUGCGUAAUACAAAAUGACUGAAAAACGGCAAACUUCGCAGGGCUAUAUUCGCAUUUUACAACAUUUCGCGACGAAACCUUGGAAUAUUACUAAUUUUGCGAUGCUCUUCCAAGCUUUGAUGAAAUUUUUGUCUAGACUUGUCUAGAUCAAAAUUUUGUUUACUAGGCAAUAGGCCAUUAAUUCUAUCGAAUGAGAUGGUUAAAAUCCUAGUGAUAUAUAGUGCACCCAGGACCUUCUGACGCGCGGUUCCCAACGUCUAACACCUGUGGAAUAGAAGUCCACAGAUUGGAGCUUGAAUGUGUUAUGUACGACUGUUCAUCCAAUCAUUAAUCAGAGUUGUCGUUACUGUAGGAUGCUGACAUGUUAUGGAAAGUGAAUAUUCUUCAGUUUUAUCAUCAUUUAGUCAACGAGGUUGGUAUAGUGCUUUAAUACUUUGCUUCGAAUUCUCAGAGGUAUCCAUGACAUGCAUUGCUGAAGAUUGGGAACGUACUGCCACUCAAUGGGUUAACUGUCUGUCACGUGUCUUGCAUUGCUGCCUAAAGCACCCUGCUUUGUUAUUUUACUGUGUCUAACGUCAGACGAUUUUACUCGUCAAGGGGAGAGUAUUGGCACUAUAUACCUAACUACUGACAGACCAUCUUAGAAUUAUGUUGAAUUGCACUUCACUGCAAAUGGUUUCUAUUUUCAGUUGAUCGAAAAUGCUGUUAGGAACAGAUUGGACGAGGUGGGUAUUUCAGAUGCGUGGAAAAAUGUGACACAAGAGUUAAGUAAGAGUACGUAAAAUCUUAGGGGUCGGUUGUGAGGAGGUUCGCUGCUAAAACAAAACGAGCUUAAUUUAACGACUGUAAAUUUUCGAUUUUAUUGAAUUUCGAAAUGACCAUUUCCUAUAUUGUUUGAAAUUGUCGGUUUGCGCGGUUUUCCUCCCUAUUAAAAACAGGCGAAAAAAUCCUGCAAGCAUGACUGGACGGACGCUAUAAUAUGAUGACCUCAUCAAACGCAGUAUAUUAUUUCAUUUUUAGUUUGCGGCAGAAAUUGUGAAAGUCAUGUUAAAAUUAACCAUCUUAACACGAGAUGGUUUUUCUCCGCAAACAAAGCCUGUCUCAGUUUACGAAGUAAGUAAUAUACGUUUAUUAUAGGAUUUGCUAUUUUACUGCCACAGGCCCAAUAAACAUGGACACAUGGUAAUGAUGUCUAAUGCACAUUUUAUUCAAUGACACCGAAAGCUUUGGCUGGGAUGCAACUAUACCUGAAGAAUACAAGGAGAAAUUUGACGUUUCGCGCAGUGUUUUAAUAGAUAGUUUAAGCUUCGCGUUAUACGUCAAACGGCAAACGCCAGGGAAAGAAAAAUUUUACGGUAUCAGGCAAUAAAGAGUAAACGAACUCGCUGUUUUAAAACAGAAAUACAUAUUUUUUAUAAUUAUUCUUUCAAUGCAAGAAAGAAAAUAUGAAACGAAAACGUUCAACGAAAAUUUUGCCAAGAAAGUUCGAACCUGACGUUUGCUGUUCCCGGAAACGUGAUGCUUAAACUCGCUAAUCACCAACUGUCACCAACUUCCCGCGACAAAGGGCCUUCGCCCGAGACGUCGAAAUUCUCCUUGUAUUUUUCAGGUAGUUGCAUACCUACCAACGAAAGCUUUGUUAUUAUUGGCACUACCUACACUGGCACAGACAGUUCAAUUUUACAGUCGAUUUCACGAAACUUUUGACCACAAAUUUUCCGAACUUCGUUGCGAAGUUCACAAGAUUGUUGCGAAGUUCAAAAGUUCAUAAUGAGAUUCGUAAACCAGUUCGUAAACUACGCAUUUGAUUUGCUUCUUUUACUUCACGGACCUAUCAGGGACGUUGUUUACAAAUUGGCUUGUGAAUUCCAAUAUGAUCUUCCGAACUUCGCAACGAACUUGCGAACUUCGCAACGAAGUUCGGAACAUUUGUGGUCAAAGUUUCGUGAAAUCGACUGUAAUGGUCUUUAUGUCUUCGACCCGCAUAAAAAUUAGGGCAAAGCGUAACAAACAUUGGGACAGUGGCGAAGCCAGCCCGACAAUUUGGUCAUGCUAUGCAAAUAUUUCCGUGUUCAUAGUCCGUGAGAACAAUCGUUUUCUAAAGAAUUGAAUAAUGAUAAUGAUUUAAGAUUUGCUCAGCAUGACCAAAUUGUCGGGCACUGCAUUGGGAACCGUGCAGAGAUAUGAAAAGUUUGUUUCAUAUUAUUGUUAGCAGAGUACAUUAAAAACUACACACUGCAGAGUACAAUGAAAAAUUUGUCUAGAGCGGGAUUUGAACUCUUCGGGUAUCUAGACCGCCACUCUACCAUUGAGCUAUCGAAUCAACGGGGAUUGGUAGCGAGUCUUAUCCAAUUUACAGUAAGUGCACGAAAUAUUUUCGUGACGACUUAAUGCUUAUCUUAACGCGUAGUUUUUCAAAUGUAUUUCAGAAGCAUCCUCAGAGAGAUGAAAAAUAAUAUAUUUUCAAGUUUAUUUUGACACUGCAGCUAGAGUACACAACGAAAAAUUCGUUCUCUCCGUCUCGUGUGGGAUUCCAAGUUCUAGACUGGCGUUCUAUCCAUUGAUUUGUCGUACUAAUUAAUAUAAACCAUUUUAUAUUUUCAGAUAGACGAGAGAUUAUCUGAUAGUUCAGAAAUUGAUAGUGAUGAAAUAGCACAGUAUCUCAAUCUACUUCAAGAUGACGAGGUAUUAGGCAAACAUUACACAAUUUGUCAGCAAUAUGUGUUCUCAAUAGGAUCGUAGCAAACUUGUCAACAACUUGUAAUAAUGUUGUUAGUUUGUCAAGUUACCACAUGCAACAUUGUCUAUAGAGGUUCAUAGUAAUCAUUAAUGAUUUCAUGAUAUCCUAAUGUCUUCUAUUCGGUCCUUGAGUUUCCUAAUAUAUAGUAUAGCUUUGAAAGUCCAUGAAUGUUACUCUUUCAGACCUGUAGGUACCGUGCAACUUGUCAACAACCUGGGAACAAGCAGUUUUUAAUAUUUUUUUAAGGUUGGUUUUGUUUCAAAAGUUGGUGAAAAUUCUGGAGGGCUGUACGUUGUCAGUAUCCUUUUAUUCCAAAUACAGUUAAAUUGUGACUGCUCGACAGGGGCGCCGAAAUGAGUCGUGGGGCCGGAACCCCUAUGUAUUUUAAACCAACAGAAACUGUGUUGGAGUAUGCAGUCUUGCAAAAUGACAAAGGUUCAAACGUUAAAGGAAGGUCCGGCGUUCAAUUGUAAUCCCCUCUGUCUCAUGCUGGGACUUCCUAUCAUGUAAUUCAUGUUAGAAUUCCAGAAUCCCCUCUGUGGCGCUGCUGGUAGUGCACACGCAUUCACAAACAUAUGCGGGGGUUUUCUUUAACCAUCGUUGAAGAUAUCAAAAAGUCAAUGGAAGCUAUCUGCGUUCAAACUAUUGAAUCUGUUGUCCGGGAAAGGUAGGUCUGCAUCUCUCUGAUCUCAGACAUACUAGGUGGUUUGGAUCUCUGAGGAUCUAUGCUAAGUGGGUUUGCUUGGUGGAUCUGAGGGUCUAUCUGGGUGGGUUGGGUCCAACCAAAAUUACGGUUUAUGCGUGUGUAAAAUUUCAUUUAAAUGCCCAACAGUAUUCGGUUCACUGUCUUGUAACUACAGCGAAUACAUGAAAAUCAUGUUAUGUUUGUAAUUUAAUUAGGUGCGGUUCAAAGUCAAUGCGAAUUUUCAAGUUAUUGUUGCUAAAGCAACAUUUGGAGCAAAAACAAGUAUGUAGAUGAUUUAAAUUUUGUAGAUUAACGUAUAGUGGAUUGACAUUAGCUAACAACCAACCUAUUGAAUGACUGUAAACAUUGUAUUUCCAAGAUGUAAAGCAGGGUAUAUACAACCAAUCAACAACUAGUCAAGAUAUGAUAUGGAAGCAUUUGUAAUGAACUACCAUUCGUUACGAUGAUUUCACUAUGCAUAGUUUAAAAUUUGGCUCAUUAAUACCUCACCUGAUGUCACUGAAGAACGAUUGCUUUACAUUACCAUGAAUUCGUUGUCUUCAAAUAUAUCGCAUCGCACACAUAUUUGUGUGAACAUGAACAAACUAAUGUUUGUUCCUAUUUUAUAGGUAGAGGAUCUCAUUAUGGUACCAGCAAAAGAGGCAAAGGAAUUGUUAUAUAACUUGUUGUCUGAAAAGUUCAUAAAUCUGCAGGUAAAAAUACUACCAUAUAUUCAUGGGCGUUUAGGGCCCAAUUCAUAUUUGUGAUAUUGGCAUUCUGUAUGUCACGUUUGCUGUGAAAAAUAUGUCAUAGGAAAGAGAGAAAUUGUAUGAAAACUUUUACGAUUUUCAUAGGGCCUGAACACCAUCUUGGCUUCUCUUUUCUCAUAGGCCGAAUGACUGAAGUUCUGACUCAAGAUAUGGCAAUUUUUCUGUGUGAUUUCCGGUUGUCUUAAGUCCUAACUGCUACCAAUUCAGGAUACCCCAUGACAAUCGUGCCCAUUAUUCAUACUGUAAUAGUGUGUAAUCCUUUACCCAAGUCUUUCCUGUUGUUCUAGGAAGUGCCUCGUGCGACCGAUUACGCUCCAUCGAGAACAUUUUAUUUAUUUUCUGUGAAUAUAUCUCAAGUGUGUCGAAUGCUGUUGGAUAGGAGUUAUAAGGUAUUGUUUAAGAUCUGAUUAUAGGUAUAUUCACUAUACGUAUUUUCAGCCACUGACGACGUGGUCUAUUUUCAGACUCUGAGUAAUUUGAUAUGUCGACGUCAUCAUGAGACAGAAGAACAAAGGUAAGGGAAUUCACUAUUCAGUAGCAGCGACAGCAGCAGUAUCAGUGGUAGCAGUGGUAGUAGCAGCAGUAGUAGCAGCAGCAGUAGUAGCAGCAGUAGCAGCAGCAGCAACAGUAGCAGCAGUAGCAGUGGUAUAGCAGCAGUGGUAUAACAGCAGCAACAGCAGCAGCAAUAGUAGCAGCAGCAGCAGUAGCAGUGGUAGUAGUAGCAGCAGUGGUAGUAGUAGUAGCAGCAGUGGUAGUAGUAGCAGCAGUGGUAGUAGUGGCAGCAACAGUAGUGGUAGCAACAGUAGUGGUAGCAACAGCGGCAGUAGUAGAAGUAGCAGCGGUAGUAGAAGUAGCAGCGGUAGUAGUAGCAGCAACAGCAGUAGGAGCAGUACCAGUGGUAGUAGUAGCAACAGCAGGCAGUAGUAGCAGCAGCAGCAGUAGUAGGUGCAGUAGUAGCAGUAGUAGCAGCAGUAGCAAGAACAAUAGUAGUGAUAGCAGUAGCAAUAGUGAUAGUAGCAGCAGCAGCAGCAGCAGCAGUAGUAACAGCAGCAUCAGCAGCAGUAGUAGCAGCAGCAGUGGUAGCAGCAGCAGUAGCAGCAGUAGCAGCAGUAGUAGCAGCAGUAGUGGUAGUAGUAGCAGCAGUAGUGGUAGUAGUAGCAGUGGUAGCAGCAGCAGUAGUAGCAGCAGCAGUGGUAGUAGUAGCAGUAGUAGUGGUAGUAGUAGCAGUGGUAGCAGCAGCAGUAGUAGCAGCAGCAGUAGCAGCAGUGGUAGUAGUAGCAGUAGUAGCAGCAGCAGUAGCAGCAGUGGUAGUAGUAGCAGUGAUAGCAGCAACAGUAGUAGCAGCAGCAACAGUAGUAAUUUGAUUUAUAAUUUUAGUGAAAGUAAUUUAUAAACUAAGUGAUCUUCCAGUCAAUAAAGCAAGCAUUCAUCUAGUAACCAGAUAUGGAUAAUACGGUGGAUAGAUGUUAUUUUAAUGUGCAUUUUAUAGGCGUUUGGUAGAAAAGUCUGAGAAAAUCAACGCGGCGAUUUUGGCGUUAAAAAGCCAAGGCAUGGAUAAUGAUUCACCGGCAGUUCAGGAAAUGGAAGAAAUGAUGACAGACCAAGAAAAACAACAACUUACAAAACUUAAAACUGUUUUAUCCAAGUGAGUGUUUUGCUUCGUUCGACCAAACUUACAGUGUACCCACAUGGAAACCGGACGAACCGGACGCAAAUCGACGCUAGAGCACUCAUGAUCUCCCAUAAACAUUGAGCUGGUUCAGAUUUUGAUAAGAGUUGAUGAGUUAUUGCUCAUUGGAUUGGUAAUAUCCAGCCGACUCUCGUGUGACUGUUUGACCAGGGGCAUGGAAGUUGGGAAAACUCUCAUUGGUGUAAACUCUCGCUUGCCAUGCUUCAUCAACUCUUGUCCUCGUUUAAUCGGCGCUUUAAGUUGCGUGAGAGUUGGCUAGAUAUUACCGCACGCGUACAUCACAAUUUAAACCAGCUCAUAGUUGAUGGGAGUGCAUGAGAGUUACCAAAAUGGAGUGAGAGUUGGAACUCUCGUCUUUGUUUGGCUAAGUUACGGUAGCUGUUCUCGAAUUCCACCAGUUCCAUGUGUCCCUACACUUUGUAAGAAAGUUUUUUCUGUAAAAUUGAAUCAGUGAUAACCAUUCAUCUCUGUGUCAAGUACCCUUUUAAUGCAAUGUUUCGAAAGAAACUUUGUAGUAAUGUAAUGAAGGUAAAAUUGGAUGACGUACAGUCAUAAUUCAUAAAUACACUGAUACAUUUGUACAGUACUGAAUAGUAGCUUUACCACUGGUUAACUCUUUUGUCUAUAGAUUAGAACGAAGUGAAUUACAAGUUGGUGAUACAGUAUUGACUUUUACACAAUUCCUGGCUCUAAACAGUUGAGUGUUAUUACACUAACAUACAGUUAUAUUUCCUUGAAAUUUGUAUAUAAUAUUUAUAUAUACGUAGAUAUGAAAUACUGUAAUUAUCGAUAGAAUCGAGUUCUGCCGUCUUCUCUUAAGUUUUGGUAGAACAUUCGCUAUUUUCUUUCCAAGCACUAUGACCAUCGUCAUAAACUUCCUAGAAAACACACAAGCAUUUUUAUUUAUUUCUUUGCUGGUUGAUACAUUAAAUACUCAAAAAAUAAGGAAACCAUGACUAGUAAAAUAAGCCAAUCGAAAUUGCUUGUUAUUGAAUCUCUUGUUGUUGAGUCUUAUAAAAUAAGCCAAUCGAAAUUGCUUGUUAUCUUCGCCUGGCCCAAUAAAUUGCACUUUGGGUACCUUUUUCCAUAUUGGCACAGUAGCUUUAAGUGUGUCGAUACAAUACUGAACUGCUUCCAAAGAAUCUUUGCGAUGCACAGAUGAGAUAGCUAUGACCACACUCGCUUCAGAUAUUGGAACCAGUCUGUAAUUGGGGGUACAAAUCAAUGAGAAAUAUAAUCUUCAUGACAAAGUACCCAUAUAGUAUGGUACAUCUCUUAGACUACCGGUACCUUAGAUACGCACAAAAGAGAAGACAACACACAUAUUACAUGCAUAAAUAUAUGCUUACCCAAUUCUGUGAAUUAUUGCAAUUUUCACAACAUUCCAUUUCUUUCGUAUAUCCCGACAUAUUUUUGCAAGCUCCUUUUCUGCCAUUGGCACAUAUGCUUCAUACUCUAAUUUUAUAACUCUCUUGCCUUUAAAUGAAUCUCUUGUCGUGCCUGUAAUGUUAAUGAAGCGAACUGGAUAUAGUAUUGCACAUUUGCACAGAAAUCACCUAAAGCCAUGGUCCAACGAGAAUGAGAGUUGGUUUCUUAGUUGAUGAUCGAGUUUUCGCUCUGCGAGCGGUAACAUCCAGUCGACUCUUGUUCAACUCCUGUUCUCGUUUGAUUCUGGUGGUAGUGAGUUGGUUACUGUAGUUUGUGUGGCAGGCUCUCAUUGAAGUGGAAAAGACAAAUUUUAAUGGAGACUUUCCGAAACCCUGGCUUUCAUGACUAAACACCUAAGUAUACAUAAUGGCUUGUUAAAAUUGACCAAUAGAACUCAGCGUAAACAUGUCAAUGAAGAUCAAGAAAUGUAGUAAUGUAUUCACGUUGGGACUGUUCACAUGAGUCGGGCCAGCACGGCUAGCCGGGAU